AAACUUCAGUUGUCAGCGGAUAUUUGCAGCGACAACAUGUGUGCAGUUCGAGGGAUACUAGGAGCAGCCAGCAUUGCAGUUCUAGCUGUAGCAGCCGGUGGAUCGCUUUACUACCUGUACCGAUCCAGAAUUCAGAAGCCGACAACAAUGGAGGAGACCGUGAUCACUCAAGUGGAAGGUGACCCUGAAACGGUGGAGGAGAGGCAGGCUGAGCCGAUGGUUGAACCUGUACUCUGCGAAACUGUGAUGGAGUUGAUGGAGGAAGAUGGAGGAGUUGACUGCCCACAAGAGGAAGAUCAGGCCACUCUCAUUAUGGAUGAGGCACCAGAAGCUCUUAGCCUGCUACAGGUCAGUGACUUAAAAGAGUCAGAGGAAGCUGAGGUGACCCUUAAUAAAGAGCUUUGUGAGAGUGUGGUGGAAAUACUGGUGGAAGAUGGAGGAAUUGACUGCCCACAAGAGGAAGAUCAGGCCACUCUCAUUAUGAAUGAGGCACCAGAAGCUCUCAGCCUGCUACAGGUCAGCGACUUAACAGAGUCAGAGGAAGCUGAGGUGACCAUUAAUACAGAGCUUUGUGAGAGUGUGGUGGAAAUACUGGUGGAAGAUGGAGGAAUUGACUGCCCACAAGAGGAAGAUCAGGCCACUCACAUCAUGAAUGGGGCUGCCAGCCUGCUACUGGGCACUGACCCAGCAGAGACUAAAGAAGCUGAGAGGGAGGCUGAAUGCAGACCCGAAGCUGAAUCCAAAAAGAAGCAGAGGAAACGAGGGAGACGAGGAAGAUCACGAAAACUGCGAAGACUAGGAAGACUACGAAGACGAGGAAGACUAGGAAAACGAGGAAGGAGGCUGUAUAAGUAGGACAGUGUAGGAUUAAGUGGUUUUGUGCCAACGCAAAUUAGAAAUAAAUCUGCAUGAAUCAAAA